UCCGGCGUUUUCAUUGGCUCAUUCGAAAAGUGUGAAAAUUUUCAAAAAUAACACUUUGAAAACAAGGACACAAAUGAUUGGUUUUCGUCGGUUUCACGACAUUUUGAGAUAAGGUACAUUCACAUCAUCAAGUACUUAUAUACAGGAUUAUCCAAGGAAAUCCACUUACAUAUAGAAAUGGAAUCCACACCAGGGAAAACCACAAGUUCUAAAAGUCCCAAUGACUUUAAUGCAGCCAUAUCGGCACAUAUACCAUACAAACAAAAGACCCCUUCACCAAACAUCCCUACAACAUUAGCAAGGACUCCGAUAAACAUGAACCGCAGUCCCCACGUGAAGAUGUUUCCAGGCCUACAUGAUUCUAUAUCCAAAAACAGAGCACCAAAGACUACGAGUCCUCUUGUUUACUCAAGCAACACAAAUAAGAUACAAACUCCAAAAAACAUAUUUAAAACACCAUCUGGUGUGCAAUAUUCUUCACCUGCUAAUAGGACUCCAAGCGUAGGACCGACACCAAAUCCAUUUGAAGCCCACUUGAUGGAUCGUAUGGACAUGCCAAUGUUUAGUCCGAACGUCUUCGCAAAAACAUCAACGCCUAGUAGUGAUGAUAAAGCAACUCCAAACAAACUUUUUCAAUGGAAUAUCGACCAGAAGGCCGUCCUGUAUCCGGCAGAUAUCGAUGAGAUGCCAAAUCAGCAGAGCACGAUAACGCAUGAUCACGAGACCGAGAACAAUGUCCAGAGUCAGAUCGACACUUUCUUCAAAUCUGGUAUUAUCGCACCAUCUCCUUGGUCAGGGGCAAAAGAAGGAAAAGGAUCAGUUUUAAGAGGAAUCAACUCAGAAGACAAGUCUGCCUCUCCAGCUUGUACAAGCUUAAGUGGAAGUUUGGUCCUUCCUGGGAAAAAGAGUGUUUCUUGUCAGACAGCCCUUUCAAUCCCAAUGGACUUAGAUCUUCAAAGGAUUCUGGGUGAAUAUUACACACAGAAUGACAGCGAUGAUGGCAGCCAAGACGUCCUUAGUACAUCUUCUCUACGUCGUAAACUCUUCUUCCAAGGAGAGACCUCGCAACCUCUAAGCCCGGUCAAGCAAGAGAAGAUCAGUAGCGACCAAUCGGAAGGGUUACACUCACCGAAUGUCUCGCCUUUGAAGUGUGUUACUCCAGAGCAACAGAAGUAUAGUGCAACAAAAACACCCAACUCAAUGCAAUUUUCAUCUAGUCCCAAGAUAGUACACAAAGGAGCCAGUAAUAUGGCCACGCCAGUUUUCCAGAGAUGUUCAAUUGGGUCAGGCGAUCACUUCUCAUCCCCUGAGCUCUCACCCAUAGGGCAUGAUAGGAAAAUGAAAACACCUGGCUCUGAUGGCAGUGAAGAUGUAUUUGCAAUUCCACCAAUCCCUACAGGCCUUAGUAAAAACUUUGAGUGCACUCCCUCUGGUGGUGACCACAAGAACCAGAGACCAGACAGUCCCAAACUUUCUCCGAUAAAGUUUAGCUUCACGGUUGAGGAUAAGGAUGAGGAUAACGGAGAUAUCCCUGGCAUUGAGAAAAUGUCUGCCACGAAUAAUACAUUCACAGAUGAAGGUGAACACCCCAGAUAUGCAGUCCAGAUGGAUAUGGAUGAAGAACAUGAAUCUACCUCAAGGUGUUCAACUUCAGAUACCCAACAAAAACCAUGUGGCCUUUCAACCAUCAAAGAGUUCUCAAACACAGAUAUGGAAUGCACCAAUCAGGAUACAGCUAGCCACACAAAUCUGACCAAUCAGGACACUGGAUAUCAGACAUGUAGUCUGCAAAUGACCAAUCAGGAUACGGGUCAAUUUUCAAAUUCAGCCAAUCAGGAGAUAGGUCAGUUCACAUGUUUGACCAAUCAAAAGCCAGUAAAUGGGAAUACCUCCCAGGAGUUUUCUCAAUCUAGUGAACAAUACAGUCAAGAUGAAGAGGGAAUCCAUCACACAGACCUCACUACACAGAUGGGGGGUCUCCCUAUGUCAUCAAAUUCAGACACUGGCCUAGACAGUCUAUUUGAAGAAGAAAAAGAGAACUAUUUCUCAGUAUCGCAUCAACCACAAGAUAAAUACCUAAAACCUCGCAUUUUAGGUCGUUCCUUUGGUAUGAUCAAUACAAAUACAGAUAUUGUAAAUACAUGUGAGGCGAAAGUGGCGUCUUAUGAUUCUAAUAUAAGAGGCGUAGUUCCGCAACAUGGUGCGAGACUUAAUCCAAGGAUUAUUGAAAACGCUGGAUCAUCAGGGUUUCCAUGGCAACCACUUGGGUCAUCUACACCUCAUAAGGUUGACAUGGAAACGGGAAAUAUACAAUAAUGCACCUGGUGUUCCAAAUUAAGUUUCUGAACUGAAAAGACUGACUGAGAUUAUAAUCCACUUUUAGAAUAAUUUUAGAAUAUGUAAUAUUUUUUCUCCAUGAUUUAUUAUAAUUAUUAUUAUUAUAUGUUGUAAUCAUGAAUAAUUGAGAACAACCACGACAAUUGAAAUCCAAUCCAAUAAUCAGGUAAUAAUUCAUUUUGUACAAAUUCAUACAUGUCGUUUUUUAUAUUGUUUUAUAAUACAUAUCUGGGGGCAAGGUAGAAAUAUCAAUGUUUUUCAUGUGAAACAAACUCUACACUUUAGCAGUUUAGAGCCCUUUACUCAUUAUUUCAAUUUAUUAGAUUUAAACAAGCAGUGAAGUCACAUUUUCUCAUAACUCAGUGUUCAAUCUUUUUAUCCUACUUUAUCAAUACUGUAGAUACUCUUAAUU